UUUUUGGUGUUAUCCAGCUGCUAAAUCUCAAAUUACAACAUAUAAAAGAGAUACAGUUAUAACAACUCCUCUACCUUCAUCUUCACCAGUUGUUUUAUCUCCCCCCCACUGUACGCAUCAGGUGGGGGGGGGGACUGGCUAAAGCCCAACUAUGGAGUCCAAUCCAGACAGCCCGAGUCGGGCUGUGGAGUAUCUUCUGGAGCUAAAUAACAUCAUCGAGAACCAGGCCAAACUUUUAGAUACGCAACGCAAACGUAUCGAGGAGCUCGAAACACAGCUAGACCGCGUCAACCAGGAGAACAAGGACCUGCGACAGGACAAGACCCCAGGAACCGAGAACCCAACACUGAACCACAACUUCACCCAGACCUCUAAGUCCGGUCAGCCAUCAUCGCUACCGAACCACAACGCUGGAGGUGUGCAUCAGAACAUCAACAGUAACACACCCACAUCCACGGUACCUGGUCCAGCUCGACGGACACACGCGAAGCUGAGCCGAGGCCUGUCUUGUGGGUCAGCCUCGGUUGAGAAAGAAAGGGGGAGACUGGAACGAAAUGACAGCAUUGGUACCAACAACACAUCAACUCUACGGAAACAUGAGAAGGAAACCCAGGGUUCAGAUUCACGUCCCUUCUCAGAGAGUUCCUGCAGUAAAUCUCUUUACGUACACAGCUCUGACCGUUACGGGGAUAACAGCUGUGGCCCCCCAGGCCCUCGGGCACCUUUUGUGGCUCCUCCGAGUCCAGCCAGUCUCGCAUGGGCACAGCGCACACGCAACCAACCAGCUAGCCUGGCCCUACGUAAACAAGAGGAAGAGGAAAACAAGAGGUGCAAAACCUUAUCGGACAGCUAUGAGCUCUCUACAGACCUACAAGACAAGAAGGUGGAGAUGCUGGAGAAGAAAUACGGAGGUUACUUUGUGAGUAGACGAGCAGCAAGGACGAUCCAGACGGCGUUCCGUCAAUAUCGUAUGAACAAGAACUUUGAGCGCCUGCGUAGCUCGGCAUCUGAGAGCCGCAUGACACGACGCAUCAUCCUUUCCAACAUGCGACUGCAGUAUUCGUUUGACGACCGGCACCCUCAACCUCCCACCCCGACUCACUACAGUCACAGCCCAGGAAUGGGACCUCCACACUCUCCGACCUGCACCACGGAGCCAAGCUCCCCAUUACGGCCUGACUACACUCACCUAGAGGACUCCUUUACCAAACAAGUAAAGUCCUUGGCUGACUCCAUUGAUGAUGCCCUGACCUGCCGAACACGCAGGGAUGACUCCCAGGAAGGCAUAGGGGACGGAAGUGCUGUCGUGGAUGACUUUGGGGAGUGCAUCUGGAGCAGCAACAGCCACGCGUCCCUCCGCAGAGGCCUUGGAGACAGAGAUCGAGGAGGUACAGGGGGCCUAAGCAUGCACGAAGAUAGCACAGCUACCUCCUACAGCGACGUCACGCUCUACAUGGAUGACGGACUACCUUCCUCACCGCUCUCUCUUGACCGGGCACCCAGCAGCACAGACACUGAAUUCUGGGGGGGCAUUGGAAGCGGAGUGGGCGGUAGGGAUGACAGCCGUGACACGGAAGGGGGAGGAAGCAGCAACAGUCGGCGAAGCACGCCUUGCACAGAGUGCCGCGAUUUCAGAUUACGAGGAGGCCACUUACCGCUUCUCACGAUUGAACCGCCUAGCGACAGCUCGGUGGACAUGAGUGAUCGAUCCGACCGAGGUUCCCUUACCAGACAACUAGUGUACGAGCAGGACUCAGGGGGAGGGUCACCUCAGGGGACACUAAAACACAACCCAAAUGCUCGCUCAACAUCCUCGACCACCGCACAGGGUCAAACGCGCCCUGCUAGCCGAUCGCUACCGUCGCAAAUCCCACACCACAUGGCUCAUCACCAUCAUCACCAUCAUCACCAGUACCCUGACACCCCUUCAUCCUCCUCAUCACCUCAACAGCCCCCAGCCACACCACUCUCAUCCUCUUCAUCAGCACCACUGCCCCCUGGUGGCCUGGAGCAACAGUGUUGCUCAGAUGGGGAUAAUGACUCAUUAAACUCAACCACAAACUCAAAUGAAACCAUAAACUGCAGCUCAGGCUCCUCAUCAAGGGACAGUUUAAGGGAGCCACUGCCUCCACUAGGAAAGCAGACCUACCAGAGAGAAAGCCGACAUAGCUGGGACUCUCCCGCUUUUAACAACGAUGUGGUUCAGAGAAGACAAUAUCGCAUAGGACUCAACCUCUUUAACAAGAAGCCAGAGAAGGGUAUCCAGUAUCUGAUUGAAAAGGGCUUUGUGUCAGAUACACCAGUGGGCAUCGCUCGCUUUAUGCUGGAGAGAAAAGGCCUGAGUCGACAGAUGAUUGGAGAGUUCCUUGGCAACAGACAGAAACAGUUUAACAAAGAUGUGUUGGAUUGUGUUGUGGAUGAAAUGGACUUCUCUGGAAUGGAUCUCGAUGAUGCUCUAAGGAAGUUUCAGGCUCAGAUUAAAGUUCAGGGAGAGGCCCAAAAAGUUGAAAGACUUAUUGAGGCUUUCAGUCAAAGGUAUUGUGUUUGUAAUCCGGCACUGGUGAGACAGUUCCAAAACCCAGAUACCAUCUUCAUCCUGGCAUUCGCCAUCAUCCUCCUCAACACAGACAUGUACAGCCCCAACAUUAAAGCAGAGCGGAAGAUGAAGCUGGAUGAUUUCAUUAAGAACCUGCGAGGGGUGGAUAAUGGUCAGGAUAUCCCACGUGAUUUACUAGUUGGAAUCUACCAGCGCAUUCAGAAGUGGGAACUGAGGACCAAUGAUGACCAUGUUUCUCAAGUCCAGGCCGUGGAGAGAGUCAUAGUGGGCAAGAAACCUGUUCUGUCUUUGCCACAUCGUCGGCUGGUUUGCUGCUGUCAGCUUUAUGAAGUCCCGGACCCCAACCGUCCCCAAAGAUCUGGAGUGCACCAGAGAGAGGUCUUCCUCUUCAACGAUCUAGUUGUGGUUACAAAGAUCUUCCAGAAGAAGAAAACCUCCGUCACAUACAGUUUCAGACAGUCCUUCCCACUGGUGGAAAUGCAGGUUCACAUGUUCCAGAACUCCUACUAUCCUCAUGGUGUCAGACUAACGUCUGCGAUCCCAGGGGGUGAGCGCAAAGUUUUGAUUGUAUUCACAGCCCCCAGUCAACAGGACCGCACACGUUUUGUCAGUGAUCUGAGGGAGAGCAUUGCUGAGGUGCAGGAAAUGGAGAAAUACAGAGUGGAGUCUGAGUUGGAGAAACAAAAGGGUGUAAUGCGGCCCAGCCUGCUCACUAACAGCAUUAUGGGAGGGGGAGUGGUCGGAGUCAAGAAUGAAGUGGUGAAUGGCACCAUGGGUAGACCUAGUCUGGAUGAUAACUAUUCACCAGGAGAGGGCCUCAAACGUACAGCACUCAGCUCAUCACUGAGGGACCUGUCUGAAUCAGGGAAACGUGGACGCAGAAACAGCGUUGGUUCCCUUGACAGUACAAUGGAAGUAAGUCUGAGUGAAGCAGAGCAGUCCGCGGCCUCACCAGCGUUACCCAGUAGCCACUGUGCUCCCGGGAUGCUAUGGAGCAGAAGAGUACCGGCCUCACCGCCCUAUCCUGAGCCCCGGAGUGGGGGUGGGGGGUGGGCCGGGGCAGCAACACACACCUGCAGUGACUGGCGCUGGUCCAGUCUCCAGCAGCAACGAGAGAGGAGUGACCGGAAUGGCCACUGGGAACAACAACAACACAGGUUCCUUCCUGGGCUCCCUGUUUGGGGGCAAACGAGCCAAAGCCCCGGGCCCUAUCAUCCCCCCGGGGCCACCUUACCCCGCCCCUGUGGCCCCACCGACUACAGGAGGGCCGCCGCCUCUUUCCCCGUCCUCCCUGUGCCCGGGAGAGGGAGGGGGACCUUCCAAGAUCCAAGCCCUGCACGCCCAGUACUGCCACACCACUACCAACAGCAACAAUGUCAGUGGGCAACCUCCACCCCCGUACUACCACCACCAUCGCUACCACGCUCAGACUGUGCCGGCGUCUGGUCAGGUGCACCAUACGCUUCAGCGGGUUACCUUGCCUCGCCGUCCGCUCCCCAACCCCUCCGCACAAUCCCAGUACCAGCCGAUCACCCAGCAUACUUUGCAGGGUCGUUACGGGAGUAUGGGCAACAUGGGCUGCGGCCAUCCUCCCCCCCUUUCUCCUCACUCCCCACUGUCCCCUCACCCGCAGUUUGCGUUGUUCCACACACAGCCCACACCCUCGGCCAGAGGGGGCGGCAUCACCAAGCCUCCUCUCACGCUGUCGCACUCGCACCCACACACACACUCCCACACCCACCCUGUGCACGUGCACACGCCCCACCCGGGCUCCCACCCCGUGCACCAACCUCACUUCGUCUUCGCCAGCCCUCCUCCUCCGCCUUUCCCUGCUCCCACUCAGCCGCCUCCAGUCUCCGUGUCCGCCACUGUCCACCAAGGGCCGCCGGCCGCCCAGUAUCUGCCCCAGUAUCCUCCGCUGUCCUCUAUUCCCCCUCCCCCCCUCCACUCCCCUUUACCCCCCCCUUCCUCCCCCCUUAUCCCUCUUACGCCUCUCUCCCCUCUCCCCCCCCAGCACCAAGGCCCCCCUUCGCAAGCCGGGGCUCAGCAAGGGCCCUCGUCGGCCCAGACUGGAGCCGGACCUGGGGGGACAGGUACGGUCGAACGCGCCAAAUCCAAAUCUACCAACCGGAUCAGCACGGUAGUGUGAGCCGGGGGAAGUCGCGAGGCUGGGGGUCGCUGAAGGGACCUUUGAUGGUUGGAGGAGGGACUGCUGCGAUGGUGGAGGAGGCAGGCGGCAGGGCAAAAACAGAUAACAACAACAGUGGCAAAAAGAAACGCAGCCUGCUGAGACUGUGUUACUUUCACCUGCGCUUUCCACAGGUCUAGAGACGAGGCGAAACUGCGCAUAUGUAGGCGCUACAGGUAGUUUGAUACAAACAAAGGCUCUCAGGUAGACUAGUGCCGUGGGAUGUAAACAAGAAUACAAUCAAGAGAACCAUUUAAGACACUUGCCUUUAGUUCUAAUGUUGUAGAUGUCAUUGAUUUGGCUGGGGAGCCAAAUAAAAUAUUAAACAAAUCACACAAGAAACUAAAGCAUGCAUAAGCAUUUCAAACUCAUACAAAAAAUGAAACAUCCACAGUCUUGUUUCAAGUUUUAGAGCCAUAAAGCUAAAGCUAAAAACUUUUGCAUAGCACAUUUAUGAUUGGUGAAUAUACAGGCAAUGAUAAACCAGUGCUUGAGCUGGGCACCCGUCCAGAUAACGUGAAGACCAGAGAGCAUACCAAUGACUCUGUACUGCAUAUAUUCAGCUGGACGUGAACAUCAAAGCACACUUCAAGUUCAAUGAUUUAUUACAUUCCAGUAUAAGUGAAACGUGUCAAGCAUUAGUCGAUAGCAGCCACAGGAUGCAAUAAUCUUUUCGCUAAAAUGAUGUCCAGCUUCUGUUUGCUGAAGAAUUUUUAAUUCUCUAUUGUUUUGCUUUUUUGUACAGAGCUAUAUGUGUUAAGAGGGAUAAACUUGCCAAGCAAAUAUUUUACAGGUGUGAUUGUCUGAAUUUUAGAAGUAUGUCAGUAUUGACCUUGGCAUAAUUGACAGCUGUAAAAACAAAGUCUUGUACUGUAUGUGAAUGUGCUGUUUGUAAUUAUCUUUAUUCAACUACAAUUACUGGCCAUCAAAAUGAUAAACCUUUGUACAUAAAAUAAUAUGAGGUACAACAUGAAAAUAAUAGGCUAUGCUAAGAAACAAUCAGUAACUUUUAGUAACGUUCUAUUGCAUUGUUUUUAUUCAUAAAGUUGCACCAGGCUGAAUACAAAUUCACAGGAAAAGACAAUGAGCUAAUCUUGCUAUUUAAUAACAAGUUUUUGAACGGAUAAUUCUUGACAAUUUAAGAAAAAAAGGAUUUUUUAAAUGUUGAACCCAAAGUAUUGUUUUUUUUAUUUAUUUAAUGUAGUUUUUGCUAAAUCUGUGCUGCUUUAUAUUUAAACAACAAUUUGGAUUAACAGUAAAUUUGUAUAUGAAGAAACCCAAAGGGGCUUGACAUUGUUUUAAAGGAUAUUAAUUCAUAUGACAGUAAAAAUAAACAAGAUACUAAAUGGUGUCACAUGCUGACCUAAAGUUUAUAAAGUUGUCAAGGCCCAGAAUGUAAAAUCGAAAUUAUUUUAAUGCACUUUAUAAAUUAUAUGCUUUUUAAAACAAUAUUAAAUGUGGCAUACAUAUGAAGGGAACAUUUCCACUUUUUUGGAUUAUAAUUCUUAAAUAUAUGAAAUAAGCAGAGUAAAGGAUUUUAUUUGGAUUCAUUAUUUUCAAGCCAUUCACUGUUUUUGUUAUAUUAUAUGCUGGUAUAUGAAUGUUUGAAAUUUUAAUAAAUAUUAUAUUAUUCUGUUA